GAGAGUAUAUUCUCAUUUCUCACACGUACCUACCGACGUUCUUCGUUUCAUGGCAAUGUAACAGUGUCUGUCUUGCUCCGCCUUUAAUUUAUUGGAUUCGUACGUAGUAUCUCUGUCAUGAAAAAUGAAUUGUAACGUCGGGAAAAUAUUUAACAAACUAAUAGGCGUUGUUUUGGUUCUGUUGCUGUUAAGUGCGAGACAAGUCUCUGCCGAAAGUGUGGUAGCGUUAACAUCUUCAAAUUUUGAUGAGCAUAUUGGAAAGCAUGAACUAGUCUUUCUUAAUUUCUAUGCUGACUGGUGCCGAUUCAGCCAGAUAUUGGCCCCAGUUUUUGAAGAAGCAGCAAAAAAUGUUCAUGAGCAUACAAAGGAGGAGACUAACAAAGUGCUGUUCGGAAAAGUGGACUGUGACAGAGAAACAUCUAUUGCAGCUAAGCACCGCAUUACAAAAUACCCCACAUUAAAACUAGUGCGCAAUGGUGUGGUUAUGAAACGAGAGUAUCGUGGACAGCGCUCUGCAGAUGCCAUGAAAAACUACAUCCUCGAAAUGCUGAAGGACCAGGUGAAGGCGAUACCACACGAGGCAGAGGCACAGCACGUGGAGGAAAAGAAGCCAGCAUUGCUUGGCUACUUUGCUGCCAAGGAGAGUGAGGCGUACGUAACAUUCCGCCGGGUGGCUUCUGACUUGAGAGACGACUGCAAUUUUUACUUUGUGGCCAGCCCUGCAGGAGAAAAUGGUACAGCAACAGUGGAUGCUAUUCAUUUCAAACCACCUCGUACAAAGUUUGGCGAAAAGCAUGAAACCUAUCCAUCACUGCCCCACCAGUUUGAUGAACUGAAAAAGUGGGCUGGGGAAAAGUGCAUUCCAUUAGUGCGUGAAAUCACCUUUGAGAAUGCCGAGGAGCUGACAGAAGAAGGCCUGCCAUUCCUCAUCUUGUUCCACCACCCUGAUGACAAAGAGAGUGUUGAAGAAUUCACAAAAGUUGUCCACGAACAACUGCAAAACGAGAAACAUGCUAUCAACCCCCUCAUUGCGGAUGGAGUCAAGUUUGCCCACCCUUUGCAGCAUUUGGGCAAAACAGUUAAGGACCUGCCACUCAUUGCCAUUGACAGCUUCAGGCACAUGUAUCGCUUUCCAGACUUCGCUCACCUGAAAAUUCCUGGAAAGCUCAAGGCAUUUGUAGAUGAUCUGUAUUCUGGGAAACUUCAUAGAGAAUUCCAUUAUGGCCCAGAUCCCACGGUAGGAGGGGCCGAAACUGAAGCUCAGGCUACUGAUCCACCCGAGUCGACAUUCAAGAACUUGGCUCCAUCUCGGCAACGAUACACUAUACUGAAGGAUGAACUGUAGUAGAGCUAUCAGAGAGAAACUGUACAGUCCGACUAGUGGUCACUGCAUUUUUCUAGGGCCAUGAGAAGUAAAGAAUGUGGAAAUCGCUACGUAAACAUUUCUUUGUGCUCUGUAUAAUUUUUUUUCUCUUUUAAAAGAUUUAGUUGCAGACCUGUUGUAUUGAGCACAAUAUGGUUUGGGAAAAGAAAUAGAAAAUUAUGUUUUAUAGUUUGUUUUCAGUUAUAUUCUAUGUUUACUACUGCCGACAGGUGCUGUGAUGCAAAUGGUGUGAUUUUGGCAACGUACAUGUGGAAUACAUGUCCCUUCUUCAUUCCUUGAUUCCAUUGGCUCAUGCUCAUUUUUAAAGAGUUUUGUAGAGCACAUCUGUUUUGAAGUUGUUUAAUUGGCCACUUGCGUCUAUGUUGUGCAAUAUUUGUUGCAUAAUUAUUGAGAAAUGUGGCUAUUGCUCAGAGUGCAGAAUUUUGGCACUUUUGUUUUCUUAUGGUGUUUGGUUUUUAUUCUUUAAUACAGGAACCGUAUUGGGUUCAUGAGUUUUUUUCAAGUCACUGAUGUGAAUGUCAGUCACACCAUUUUACCUAUUUUUCUCCCUUUGUUAGCAAACCUGUCAUCACAUGCACGCAUGUAAAAACUCGACUCUGCAUAGCAUUGCAAAAGAAUGAAGGAGCGUGAAAGGUUGUACUUGUUUUUGUACAGAUUGUCGAGAGUAAUAUUACUGGUACACUAAUUUAGGUGACUUUAAAUGGCGGCAUAGCAUACGUGAUUUAUUGGGCUCUUUACAGCACCUUUUUAACAUUCUGACACAUACAUUGAUAAAAUUACUGAAUGUGAUGCAGUGCUAAGGAACCAAGUAGUGUGCUUUUGCAGUUUGCAUGCACAAAGUACUAAUGAAUGUUUUGAUUUGAUGCUGGGCUGUUCAGUAACACUGGAAUGUUGAAUAAUGAGAAGUGUUAUUUAUGGCUAUCCAUCCUCUGUAGUUUCUUUUUGUUUUGUUUUUACUUGUGAUAAAAGAUCAGGUGCUCAUGUGCAUAGGGCAGAGGUCAUUUAGCCUACCAGAGCUGCCUUGCUUCCAUUCAGUAUUCCUUUGUAGGAAAGCACCACCACCUAUUUGCAGUAACAGACAAACAUAUCAGUUUUUGUGCUUUGUUAUGUCUGAUCCUAAAGGUCUGUAACAGUGCAUCAUUGUAGCUUGGUAACAUUUCAUCCUGCAGCAUAGGCUUGUCUUGGAUGGCUCUGUCUUGAAAGUGCCCCUCCUCUUCAAACCGUUGGCACAGGAUGUUUUCUUGGCUUGCCAAAAUUGUUAAUUUUGCUCAUACGCCGAGUCUGUUUUUCAGUGUAAACAGUACGAUUAUAGGCAGUGCUUUCUAUAACUUUGCCCCCCCCCCCACCUACUUGUUUUAAUGGGUACAGUUCAAAUUUCCAGCAGCGUUAUAUCAUUUUCUUCAAUUUUUACUUUAAUUGGGGUCACAUUGACCUUGUGCUGGCAAGCAUAAACAAAGCCAGUUGCUACUGCAGAAUUUUUAUCUGCCAAAUGUACUGGUAACCUGUGAAACAGCUGUGAACUCUGGAGGGUGGUUCCUGUUGCUCAGUAAUUACUUUGCUGCUAUGAUUGGGGAUCUAUUGUCACAUUUUCUCCAUGGUUUUGUGUAAUGUACAGAUGAAUGGGGGAAACUGUGCUGGUUCAACUGAGUUCUUUUUAUGCCAACUUGUGCUAAUUUGAGAUAAUAUAAGGAAAGGAAUAGCACUGUCUCAAAUGGUCUGGAGGUGGUCACCCUAGUCUCAACUGUUGCAAAUUAAAACUGCCUCGGCUAAGGUUCUGAAGUGGUAAAUAUACAAGCAUAGCUUACUCUUGGUCUGCACUUUCACAGAACGGCCAGUCACUGUUUAGGAGCCUGACUUGACACUUGGUUGAUCACCUUCACAUCAUUUCAGACUGUGUGUCUAUUUUGUACAUGUGGCCAGAUGGCUAUGUUGACCACCUUUGUAGCUUGGUGAAUAAUUUGAGAGGCUUGUAAUUGUGGUUCUCUGACCAGAAACACACUGCUACCUCUCCUGUCUUGAAUGAAUGUGGUUUUGUGCUUGCUGGGCACACCGUCACUUUGUAAGAUAAAGAAAACUUCGAUAAUAAAUGUUUGUUGGGGGCUCAUUAA